AUGUAUAAGGACAUAAUCAAGCAGCCGAUCGACACUCUCAAAGUGUGUGUACCCGCAGUUAUAUAUGUUAUCCAGAAUAAUCUACUUUAUGUUGCCGUAUCCAAUCUUCCAGCAGCAACAUACAUGGUUUCUUAUCAACUGAAAAUCCUCACAACCGCACUUUUCACAGUCAUUAUUCUUCGCAGACGACUCUCUCUAGUACAGUGGCUGGCGCUUAUUAUCCUUUUUGGUGGUGUUGCCUUGGUACAAUUGAUACGUCUUGGUCCUCAGGCCAUAAUUUAUGGGGAGGGUACUGAGCUGGAUAAACAAAAUCAACAAAUUUAUGAAUACCUCAUGCAGAGGGAUGUUGAAAUGUGA